AUUCAGGAGGGAAGAUGCUGAGAUCCUGGGGGUGUUGAUUUCCAGGGGCUGGCAGGGAAGGCAGGUGAAGAUUUCCAGCAGUCAGUUGGAAAUGCCUCUGUACAUGACAGAUUGCUGAUCUUGGUUACAGAAAUGAAAGCUCAAGAGCUUUUCUGAAAAGUUUAAGCUGUGGUUUGACAGGAAUCAUACUGUUUCUAAGAGCAAAAACACUCUGAAGCAUUCGGCUGUGGAAGACAGACCGCAGGGAGGAAGAGAAAGAGCAUUGAGAAGGAGGUGCCGUCGGGAGAAAGCUGCUCUGGCCAGUUAAAGGACGAGUGGGGCCAGUCACAACUUUUGUGGAGUGAAGUUGGCUGGCCACAUCACCACACACGGUGGGGUGUCGCUCCAGGACCUUGCUUCAAAUGGAACUACGCUUCCCAGACAGCCUUGCGGCAGAGGGCGGCUGUGUCACCUGACCAGGACCUUGGCGCGGCAAUGGCGGCGCCCAUGCUACGCUGGUGCUGUCCUGGAAGGCGUUGGGCUUUCCCUCGGAUUGGCGACUGUUCUCGCCACGAGAAACGGUUUCCAGCUGGGUCCACGGCCAGCGGGAAAAGGGGACAGAGCUCAGUGGCUCAGCAGCCCCUCAUCACGGCCCAGAAGCCAAGGAAAGGUGAACGUAAAUGGGCUGCUGUGGUAGGUUUGGAAAUCCAUGCCCAGAUUUCUUCCAACUCCAAACUCUUCUCUGGAUCUCAAGUCCACUUUGCAGCACCUCCCAAUUCUUUGGUAUCUUUUUUUGAUGCAUCUCUGCCUGGAACUUUGCCGGUCCUCAACAGACGAUGUGUGGAAGCGGCCGUGAUGACUGGCCUGGCCCUGGGCUGCCGUAUAAAUAGGAAGUCCUUGUUCGACAGGAAGCAUUACUUCUACGCAGAUCUCCCGGCCGGCUACCAGAUCACCCAGCAAAGGCUGCCGAUCGCCGUGAACGGGAGCCUGGCGUACAGCAUCUGUGUGGGGAAGAAGCCGGCGCAGGUGGUCCCCAGGACAGUGAGGGUCAAGCAGAUCCAGCUGGAGCAGGACAGCGGCAAAAGCCUCCACGAUGACCUGCGGUCCCAGACGCUCAUUGACUUGAACAGGGCAGGGGUUGGCCUGCUGGAGGUGGUCCUGGAGCCCGACAUGUCCUGUGGAGAAGAGGCGGCCACCGCCGUCAGGGAGCUGCAGCUGAUUCUUCAGGCCCUGGGGACCAGCCAGGCCAACAUGGCAGAGGGCCAGUUGAGAGUGGAUGCCAAUAUAUCUGUGCAUCACCCUGGGGAGCCUUUGGGCAUUCGAACUGAAGUGAAGAAUCUCAACAGUGCCAGGUUUUUGGCCAAAGCUAUAGACUAUGAAAUUCAGAGGCAAAUCAGUGAACUUGAGAAUGGAGGUGAAAUUCUGAAUGAAACUCGUUCGUUUGAUUACAAGCUGGGGUGCACCGUGCCGAUGAGAGAUAAAGAAGGAAAACAAGACUACAGGUUCAUGCCGGAGCCCAACCUUCCCCCACUGCUGCUCUAUGACUCGGGGUCUCUGCCUGCCGGUGUCGACCCGCAGCAGGUGAUCAACAUCGACUGGCUCCGGGAGCGGCUCCCCGAGCUGCCCAGCGUGACCCGGGAGAAGCUUGUGCGACAGUAUGGGAUGCUGCCGGAGCACAGCGUUGCCUUGCUGAAUGAAGUUGGUCUUUUGGAAUUCUUCCAAAAUGUGAUGAAAGAAACUAGGGCAGAGCCAAAAAGAGUGACGAGCUGGGUUCUCAACACUUUUCUGGGUUUUUUGAAGCAACAGAACCUUGCAGUCAGUGAGAGUCCUGUCACCCCAGCUGCCCUGGCCGAGCUGCUCGACCUGCUGGACAGGAAAGCCAUCUCUUCGUCUGCAGCUAAAAAGGUGUUUGAGGAACUGUGGAGGAGCGAAGGCAAGACCCCAACACAGAUCGUUGCGGAAAAGAAGCUUGAACUGAUGCAGGACCCGGAGGAGCUGGAGCAGCUCUGCCGUGCCACGCUGGAGGCGCAUCCUGGAGUGGUGAUGGAUCUGAAGAAGGGAAACCCCAGAGCAAUCAACAAGCUGAUUGGAUUGGUCCGAAAAACGACUCUCGGCCGAGCAGAUCCAGCUGUGAUCAAGGAGGUGCUAGAGAGGCAGCUGUCAUCGUGACGGUCCCAGGUCCCCUCCUCGGCCAAGCCAGGGCCUGCAAGCUGACGUCCCAGCCCAGCCGGACAGCCCUGCCCAAGCUGCACCUUGACGUUCUGGCUCCACGAAGACCAGGCUUCGCCCUGUCGCUUCACUGGCAUCACACGGCUCCCUAAGAUGCAGAACAGCUUGUUCCAGUGCUGCGAUCAGGCAGACGUACUGUUUCAAAUUCUGUCACAUCCUAAGGAAACGUUUCCUUUGGUAGGUCUCUCAACAAAUAUUUUGAAGCCCACCCUAAGGGCCGGGGGUUGUUCUAGGUGCCGGAGUUUAGCAGUGACAAGAGAGACCGGGAUCUGGAUGCAGGAUCGGGUUUGGGGACCUCUCAGGACAUUCAUCUCCAUACCAGGAACUAGUUGUAGUUACCCAUCCACCAAGUAAAAGGAAUGUUGCCCAUUUGACUCCCCAGGGAGCCCAGGAGGCAGAGGGUCUGAGAAGUGAUUUGGGGGACGUUGGGGGGGGGUGCGAAAAAGACAACAGACAUUUUCAAAUAAAUUUAAUGAAUAAAAUAUAUGCUGAAGUAUCACAUAAAAAAUAAACUUACACUUCAGAGAUUGUGCAGUUGAUACCCCCCCUCCCAGAGAAAAGCUGUAACAUUGAACUGAUUUGUUUUGUCUGCAAAGAAUAAGAUGGUAAACUAGUAAAUCAAAAAGUUGACCUUUAUCAGUAGCGGUGCUGCAGUUAACAGUGUGUCCGUGGCGGCCAGGUCGCCCUCACCCCUGUUCUCAUGACAAUAAUACUAUUUGUGUGUUGCAGUGGGGUGCCCCUUUGUUGCUGUGUGCCUUUGUCACCUGUGUCUCACAGGCUCAAAGACCAGUUUUGCCAAAGCACAUGUCAAACAAACGGUGACACAAGAGAACAGUCUUUGGAGGCCCUGAUUUUGCACUGAACUCUGGUGUAAGAAGAGGGCAAACAUGUGGGUCGUAAGUGGUCCUGCAGGAGCAGAUGGAGGGCCAGGGGAGAGGGGACCUUCCCUCACUCAGGGAGAAAAGCAUGGAGGGUAAGCAAACCGCUCCUGUGGUUUAUUUUAGACAAGCAUGAAGAGGUAAGGUUUUGUUUCUUUUUUUUUUUAAUUAACUUUUUAAAAAAUGAGUGACUGGAGGAGUUCCCGUCGUGGCACGGCAAAAACGAAUCUGACUAGGAACGAUGAGGUUUGCAGGUUCGAUCCCUGGCCUCGCUCAGUUGGGUUAAGGAUCUGGCGUUGCUGUGAGCUGUGGUGUAGGUCAAAGACCCGGCUAGGAUCCCACGUUGCUGUGGCUGUGGUGUAGGCGGGCAGCUGCAGCUCCGAUUGAACCCCUAGCCUGGAAACCUCCAUAUGCUGUGGAUGCGGCCCUAAAAAAGACAAAAAAAAAAAAAAAAAAAAAAAAAAAAAAAGUGACUUAGAAUUGUUAAGAGAAUACCCAGGAAGCCGUGUGCUGCUCACACAGCCUGCUGCAGUACCCAAAACUACUGGGCCUAAGAGUAAGAAGUUUUCAUGCACUGUCUUUUCUGGAGAGAAAGGCAGAGUCAGUCCCACCCCCUCCCCCGCAUCGCUCCACAAGUUUCAUUUACAAACCAGCUAAGGCUGCCUGAGACUGGAAUCGGGCGGGAUCGUGAUUUUAUAAGAAAUGAUAAGGUUUGGUUUUGUUUUAAAAACAAACUCCAUUUUCACCAAAGAUCUGGCUUCUUGGUCAUCAAACCUCACAGAAAGCACUGGAUGAUCUUUGCAGACGAUUUUAAAUCAAGGGCUUACUUAAAGGGGGGCGGGGAAGGGGAGUGGGCAGCAGGAUGAAGAUCAAUCACCAACAGUAUUCUGUCAUAUGGACUGACAGUUCCCAGAGAAAAUUGCCACCGCUGAGGGGAGGGUGACAUGGGUGAAGGGGGUCGACUGAAGGAAACUCAGCUUUUGGGGAACAUACUAUAGUGUGUACAGAAGUCAAAAUAGAAUAAUGUACCUGUGAAACUUACAAACCUGUGUUCCCUCAAUUAACAACAAAAAAGCGCUUGAUCUUUACAAUGGUAACUGUCGUCCAGUUGCACAACUGCCUGUGGUCUUCAAUGCCCACUUCUGAAAUCCCCAAAAUCAGACAGUUAACAACUGCUGAUAGUCAAAACAAAACAAAACAAAAAAAAACAA